GAAUGGUAGGAAAUACCGUUUCACUGUUUCAGAGGGUGCUGAAACCAGUAGUUUGCAUAUUACGCUAUUCAAGGACAGUCCAGUUGGCCACCUCUUUCUGUACAACGGCAGACUCCCACCUCAGACAAACCAUUCAACAAGCCAAGAAGAAAACUGUUUCGUUGCGUUGGUUACAGAAAGAAACACUUCCGAAAAUUUUUGCCUUUCAAAGGAAACAAAAUGAGAGAACAAAAGUUGCGUUAGGUAUUUCAGGAAGAGGCAUCGACAGAAUAGCUUCAAAAGUGGAUCUGAGACUGCAGCUAUUCUGGUUUCAGGAGGAAUGCAUUUUCUAUCGCAACUCAUCACAUGAAUAUCUAUACGAUACUACCCAGUCCUCGCCUAGAAUUCUGGUUCAGGCCGUUGACACUCCGAAUGAUCAUCGAAGAUCAUCCAAGACAUUGUUAGAAAAAAGUCUAUUGAAAUUUUCAAAGCAACGUCCCGAGCUCUUCCCUGAAGUUCUUUGUCCAAGUCCUUUAGACGAUACCAUUGCAAUCAUAUGGCGAAAUGAAAAGGAUGAUAGUCAGACUUGUACACUUUUCGAUGUAUGGAAGGAACCGAAUGUGGAACAUGAUAUAGGAGCAAGUUUAUCAAGUUUUAUACAGACGUUUACUGGUAUAAGAAAUAUGGCUUGGUUGAAUAAUGGAAAUGCCUUUGCACUACUUGUAGUAGAUGAGAAAGGUAUAGAACGUCUCGUUCUGAACUUUAAGGAAGGAGCCAGUUCGUCUUGGAAACAAUUCAUUUUUAUGGAAAUGGAACAAAAGUAUGGCUCAAUGGACUUGCAUACCAGUCAUGAUUCUGCAUAUGUUAUGGUACAUAUUCAAUCUUUACAUGACACGGAAAUAUUAUUGUUACCUACUACGAAUGAAAAGAAGAGUGUUGUAGAUAAUUGGAAGCGGAUUCAAUUAGAUGGUAUCAAUCAAAUGACGCAUGGUGGCAAUUAUUUCUAUUGGAUUCAUCGUUCAUCCUACAAGAAGCCCCAAGUUGUCUAUAUGUUGAAAGAUUUGGAAAACUUUUCGACAUGUAUUCAGUUGGGUUCUCCUUUACAGGACUCUGUACUGUUAGACUUGUACGUCACUAAAGAUUAUAUCGUGGUUUUAUGUCGUCAGCAAACAUAUUUAUAUCUAUUUAAGACGAAAUGCUCAACGGUGCCAUACGAUGACCUAAUUUCCAAACGAAGCAAAGAUAGAAAUGAAGACAACGUAACUUAUUAUCCACAAUGGGAAUCAGUGACUUUUCCAUUUAAAACUGACAGUGCCUCCUUUUGUAGACAAAGCGAUUCCUGGUCAUAUACUUGUAACAAAAUAUUGGUAUAUGUUGCUUCGCCCACUGUUCCAGUACAACUGUAUUCUUUAGACCUUACAACAGGAAGUUUGCAUUCAGUAUUGAGAAGAAAACAGCAAUCCUUAUCUUGGAACUCCUGUUCAUUAUCAUCAUUCGAAUGGCAUCGCUUAUGGACGAGAAAGGAUAGAACAACUGGUACUAGUUCUAUUCCAUAUACUAUCGUCCAUAAGAAAGGUCUUGGUAGGAAUGGAAGAACUCCCCUGUUAUUAGAGUCUUAUGGUUGUUAUGGUGAAAGUUUGGAUACACAACUUUCUCCUAGUUUCAUGCUUCUUUUAGAACAAGGUUGGAUAUUAUGUUUUGCACACAUCCGUGGAGGAGGAGAGCUAGGUUCCAACUGGCAUUUGGCAGGAACUCAACAAGGGAAACAUAUAUCAAAAGAUGAUAUUCUUACCGUAAUACAAACCCUUGUGGAUCAACAGUGGACAAAACCUGGACAAAUAUUUGCGAGAACAUUCUCUGCGGGUGCGAUUGCGUUGCUUCAUGCAGUAUAUGAGCAACCUGAAAUAUUUGGUGGUAUAUCGUUGUAUUCUCCCUUUUGUUGCCCUUAUGACUUUAUAAAUCAACAAGGAAGUCUGAAAGAUUCUUAUUUAGAUUAUUUGGAAUUCGGAGAUUCAUGGACUUCUAUCUGUCCUUGGAGAAGGUUCAAUGCUCGUUUUCUUCGAAUUCGUCGUUCAUUGUUUCCAUGGAAGACCCCGAUGACUAUUCAGUCUCUUGUCCGAAUACAGGAAGACUAUCGCUGGUUUCUACGUUUGCCAAAUAUAUUCUUUCAGGUUAAAGAAGAUGAUGAUUGUGUCCCAGCAUGGAUGGCCUAUAAAUUUGUUUAUGGAUAUGAAUUCACUAAGCUUUGUAUGCAUUUAUCUCCCUGUAAGGAGGAUACACUUCGGAACCGAAAUAUGACAGUAUAUACUUGGAAAGAUGCAGGGAAACAUCAUUCGCCAUUCCCUACCUUGGCUUCAGCCAUGGAAUUGGCAUUUUGGAAUCACUGCAUGCGUAGGAAACGAUAAGUAAGUGUUACCGUUCAAAAGACUUGAGGUUGUUGAAAAGAUUCAAGAAUACUUUAUUUUUGGAAAAAUGAAGAAGUUUAGUACAAGUAAAAUUGAAUCUAAACUGUAACCCGAAAUUUUCACAAAAUACCCCAAGUCAGCUGCGGUUUGUUGACUUUUUUGUUAUUUAUUCUUACAUAUUAUUAUUUUUAAAAACAGCAAAUGCCGAAUAUGUGGGAAAAAAACAAGUGUCUGUUUGAUAUUCUUCUAACCAAAAUGGAUUGCUGUACUGGUAUUCUCGUAACAAAAGAGUGUAAAGGAAUCAACUAUAUUUAGAUAUUGUCAAGCACCUUGGAGCAAAGAAAUAAGAGACGAUUCUUGAGACAAGAUAAUAAUGCACAUAAAUUUGUUUCAUUGUUU